AUGAAAGGUAAUCAGGAGACACAGGUUGGGGUGUGGGUGACUCCACUGAGAAAGACUGGAACAGGAAAGAACCAACAAAAGAAUACCAAUCAGGUGAUCCAAGGUCUUGGCACUAGUAACUCAGUGCAAAGUGAAGAAACUAAUCAUAUUACAAAUUUGGAUGCCCAUUAUAAUGGUAGGAUAUGGAUCACUUGGAGACCAGACUAUUAUAGACUAGUUCCAGUGUCUAUUACUGCCCAAGUGGUAACUUGUGAAGUGUUAUACAUUCCAAUGCAGCUGAAGUUUGUUUUAUCAUUUGUGUAUGCGUUUAAUACCAAGGAGGAAAGGAAAACUUUGUGGGAGUCACUAGUUGAACAUAGUGAAAACUGUACACUACCUUGGAUGAUUCUGGGAGAUUUUAACUCAGUAUUAUACAUGGAUGAUAGAAUAGGAGGCAAUCCAAUUACUUGGGCUGAGGUUGCUGAUUUCCAACAAUGCAUGGAAGAAUGUGGGCUGGUAGAGUUGCCUCAACAAGGGAACAAAUAUACAUGGAAUGAUAGGCAUGUGGAUCAGAGGAUAUACUCUAAGAUUGAUAGGGCUCUAAUCAAUGAAGAAUGGCUAGAAUCAAUGCCAUCAUGUCCGGCUAGAUGUCUGCCAGAAGGCAUUAGCAAUCAUUGCCCUUUGAAGGUUUGUUUGACAGAUGAGAGAGCUAGAACUAAGAAAUCAUUCAAAUUUUGUAACAGUUGGGGCCAGCACCCCCAAUUCAUUGACUUGGUGAAGCAAAGUUGGGAAACUCCUAUAACAGGAUGCAAAAUGUUCCAAAUUAUGAAGAAACUGAAGCUGCUUAAGAAGGAGUUGAAAAUCCUAAACAAUCAACAUUUCAGGGACAUUGAAGUAGAAGCAAAAGAGGAUAGAGAUGCAUUGACUCAGGCUCAACAAAAAAGUAAGGCACACUGGAUAAAACUGGGUGAUGACAAUACUAGAUACUUCUAUUCAGUGAUUAAACAUAAGAAACUUAAACAAGCUGUCACCCAACUGAAGAAUGAUAAUGGAGUUUGGCAGUUUGAAUCAGAGACUAUAGCACAGCUAAUUGUGGGGUACUAUGAAGGGUUGUUGGGGCAGAAGAGUUCCUCAAGGGUGAGAGCAAGUAGAAGCAUCAUGGCUAAUGGUAAUAUUUAUCAUUAG